GGUAGGCCAGGGAGGAUCUAAUGCGCCCUGGCUUUGGCUCUACGAGUCCCUGCCACCUCUUAAAAGUGAUAAUGCCUCUGGGCAUUGACAGUACCGUUCUUCUUUCUCGGCAAUCUAAAAUCACAGCGCUGGAGGAAUAAUAUCUUGCAUCACCUCGGGUUGGGCGGCCGAUUUCCAUGGAUUCCAACCAUAUCUGGCCCUAUCCUCAACCUCAGGCAGCGACCACCCAGACUGCGUUCGCCACGCCCGCGGUCGCCCCCGGGGCACCAGCCAUAGCCAUGGCGGAAGCACCGGUUCUCCCGGAUUCCUAUCUCCACUACGCACAGCAACACCCCUCUGCCCAGCCACACCACUUUCCCCACUCUGCUGCCUACUCGACUUACCAUUACUACCACAACCCUAACCCUAACCCCACCCUUGACUCCAACCCCUAUGCCAACCCUGCUCCUGAGGCUCCGCUCCAGUCUGACGCCCACCCCGUCCACCUCCGUUUCCCGGACAAUGCUGAUGUUAGUGGCCACUAUGGUGGACACGCGAUGCUUCAUUCGUCGUCUUAUUCUUACGACGGAGUACCGCCCUCCUCAGUGUCGGUGGUUUUCCACGGUCACACGCAGGGUCUCGGCAUGGAGCAGGUGGUUCAUUCCUAUGAAAAUUUCCCACUUGGUGGUGGUUGUGCUGUCCAAAUCAAACCUCCGCAUGGGAACGAGAGGGUAAUGCAUUCAAUCUCUAAACUAACAAAGAAGGCAACAAAAGUUCAGAAGCGGUCCACUAAAGUUGUGCAAUCUGCAUAUUGUGAAGUUUGCAAAAUCAAGUGUGACACCCAACAAAUCCUCAUGUCACACAAACAGGGAAAGAAACACAAAAAAAAUAUGCAGAAACUACAGGAAUCCAUUACUGCAAAAAUUACAAAUGUUCCUUCCAUCAUCGCACAGGAUAAAGCACCAGUUGUGGAUCCUGAGAAAGAAAAACCUACAGCUGAACGAAAAAGGAAAAAUAAUACACCAGCAACGGCUCAGGAUCUGGAAGAAAAGAAGCGGAGGGUUCUUGAAUGUGGAGCAGAUGCUGCGCAGUUGAAGAUUUGUGCCAUUUGUAACGUUGUAGUCAACAGUCAGAAGGUAUAUGACUUUCAUAUUUCUGGGCAGAAGCAUGCGGACAUGGUGAAAAAAAGAGAAGAAAAAGGUGCAAUUCACGGCAUGUCCUAGAUUAUCAAUUAGCUAGUUCUCCAGAUAUUGUGAGCAGAAGCUUUUUGAAUUUUAUGCCACAUAUUAGGCUUAAUCCUUGUACCCUAUAUCUCUUUUCAUAGCUUGCACAACGUGUUAGUUUGUU